AUGGAUAUUAAAAAGCUUCCCAUUGUGUCAGUGGUAUGUAUUGGAUUAAGUAUCGGUGUAUGUGUUGUUGCAGUAGAUGAUUUUACUGUUAGAAAUAAACGACAGACUUACAGUGGUAGAAGUCUAUCUAAUAUGAAUCGAGCAAGCACCAACUCUGGUAAUACUGGAUAUCAAUCAAGUGGUACCAAUACACGGUAUGCAAAUCAAGCUUCUAGUAAUACUGGGUACGGUAAUCAGGCCAGUUUUGGUAAUACAGGGUACAGUUCUGCUAAUACAGGGUACAGUUCUGGUAAUACAGGGUACAGUCCUGCUAAUACAGGGUACGGUAAUCAGGCCAGUACUGCAAAUACAAAUCCUUAUUCUAGACAGAACAGUGGAAGUCAGACACAGAGUGGUUACCAAGGUAGCGGUUCUUCCUCUUCCAGUAACAGGGCUUAUGUUAAUUUAAGUGGUACAUCAAGUUCCGGUAGCAAUAUGGGUUCUGGAAGCAGUGCUGCCAAUAUAGACAAUUACCCGCUUAAUAAUGGUAUAUUCUAUCCAGGCGAUACUGAAUAUGCUUAUGGUGUAGCAGGGAGAACAUUUGGCACUGGUUAUAUUGCAGAAGCUCUGGGUUACGGAUACAGACAAGGAGUUGACGCUAACGGGCAGAAUGUAGGAUAUACGGCCAUUGGAUACCUCGGUGUUUUAAGCGGAAAAUAG